AUGGAGCGCUCGGACGACGAGGUCAAAGGUCCGAGAAUGUACGCCCGAGUCAUGGUGGAUACGAGCUACGACCUCGAACAAAAACCCGGUAUGAUGGAUACCGUGCGACUCAGCAAAGGAGAAAGCCUCGAAGUGCUCGAAUUUCACUCCGAGGACUGGUGGAAGGUCCGUCGCUGCCACGACGGGAAAAUCAUGUUCGCGCCACCUGCCUAUCUCGAGAGAAUGACUCGGGAAUGCUGCUUGCAGCUGGACUAUUCGAGACAGGAUUCUCUUGAGCGGAGAGCGUCGUCGUUGGAAUCGCCGAAGAGUUCCCAGGAGGGAGACCAUUCGAAGGGCUCGAAGGAUACCCUCGACGACGACACCCCUCCGGAGCCGCUCGAAAGAGAUUAUCCCCACCAACAUCCACAACCACCUCCGAGGAGUUCCCUGAAGCUUCAACAAACUCGAGGCAAAUCAAGUCAAACCGAUGUGAUAAAACAACAACAGCAACAACAACAACAGAAAAAGCCACAACAGCACCAGCAACAAACUAAGGACGUGGGGGUGCAAGACAGGGCAGGAGUCAAGCACUCGCAUUCAAGUCCGCCAAACACGCUGUUUGCUCAAGCUAGUCUAGAGGUGCACCCAGCAGACGACAACGAUCUCGAUGUGGACAGCAGCCCGAGUCCGGGUCCCGGUUUCGGCCAGGCACUCGAACGGAGAUUCCGGAUGUCUCUCGACGAGGCAUUACGGCAUCGACGAGAGAAAAUGGGAGAACUGCUUGAUGAGGACAGCGAGCCCCGGAGCGACGAGGAUUCUCUCAUCGAAAACCAGCAGACUGGAUCUGAUCUCGACGACGGAGAUGAAACCGAUCUGGUUUCGAGCUCUCCGACUGGCUUCCAAUUCAACCCUAUCCAGUUGCCUCCUCGGUCGGCUCCUCGUUCCGCGGUCGUGUCUUCGUCGACGAGGCCACGCAGUGAAGGACAACCGAUUUACGCAAACAUACCUCAGCCUCCGUCUCCGGAUGGACGUCACGGAGGAAAUCACGCAGGGCUUGAUUAUACCUUAACAACGACGCCACCGUUUCCGUCUCCGAACGAAGAUCCCGUCAGAUAUCUCUCAGAUCAUUGGGGCGAAUAUCGCUCCGAAGGCGGUCGUCCCUACUACUAUAAUUAUGUAACGGGAGAACACUCAUGGAAACCUCCGAGAACCCGGAGGAAGUAUUCUAGUCAACGACUCACACAGUCUGUGGAUUCGGUCGAGGGUUUGGACAGCUCGAUGGAGGGCAUGCCGUCACCACCUCCCAGUCCCACUGAGAUGUCGGUGCCGGGCUGGAGCAAGGUUUACGACGACAUAAGUGGAUCGAUGUAUUUCGUCAACGAUCUUAACGAAGAAAAAUGGUGCAGCAGUUACGACAGCGACGGAAGAAUAUACUUCUAUCAAGAGGGAACCCAAAGAACAGCGUGGGAGCUUCCGAAAGUGGUCCCAUUACCUCCUCAAAGACAAAAGGUGGCGCCGCGACCUCCGCAGCGACGAAAGAAAAACUUGGAUGACGAUUGUUCAAAAACAGUACUGCGGCAUUCUAACGAAGCGGAACAGACGUCGAUACUGAGAACGAAAACUUUGCCGUCCGGUGGGGCACCGAAGAACGCCGGUCCGAAGCUGGUAGCAGUCACCUCAAGCCUUAGCAAUUCGAAUAUAGCUGCCGAGGCAAACAGGAGCAAGCAGAGGACUGCAGAUGAUAAUACUCCCCAAGUAAUGGUCCAUCAUUACACGAGUGACGCUCGUUCGUGUGAAGCCGCCACAUCCCAGAAUGAACGCGAGUGUCUCUUGCAGAAUUCGCUGCGUUCUCUUAAGACUCGGUCGAUGAUUUUGUCGGACCUCGAUUGGAGAUCUAAGUCGGUCGACAUCAUCCAUGGAUUACCUUCUGGUCAAGGGACGCAAGUACUCAACGUGCAGAAACUCACAAACAUUGGAGAUAUCGAGGAAACGGUCAAACGACAGGGCACAUUGAACAAAGCCGAUCUGGUGAAAGCGGGCAAGAAAGUUCAGAAGAAGAACUGGGUUAGCUGCUUUCUGGUCCUGACGUCGAAGAAUCUCUUCGUGUACAAAGACGCUCAGAGCGGGCAGCAGCCCACGCCAGGAGAAGGCGCCCAAAGUCGACUCGCUCUUCCCGGAGCUUUAAUCGAGUGGUGUCCCGAAAAGUCGAAGAGAAAAAAUUGUUUCCAAGUUUCCACAGUCCAAGGGCAGAAGAUGCUCUUCCAAGAUGAUAAUGUCCUGACUUCUAAGGAGUGGUUUGAGUCCAUCAAGGGAUGCAUCAUCCAUCUCCCGCUUGGCUACGACAUCUCGGGCGAGAUCCUCAAGGCUAGGACGCCGCAAGGCAGAGCACCCGGUGGUGCUGCAUGUUCAACGACCACGAGGGACUUCUCUGUCGGUACCCUAACCAAAGACACGUUGAAGCGGUCCAAGAAAGUUUUGCGAUCUAAAUCCAUCAAACUGCUUAGGCCGUCAAACACGUUGCCGGUAGGAUCAAGCGGGGGCUUGGGGUCGAUCUCAGGGGGCCCGGCACUCCAAGAAGCAACUGGAUCUGAGAAAGGUUCCACGACAGAUCUCGUCACACUGAGUCCCAACGAACGCAAGCGAAGAAUCGGUGACAGGUUGAAGAUGUUUUUCUUGAGGAGGCCGACUCCCGAAAUGCUCAGAGAGAAAGGAAUUAUGAAGGAUGAACCGGUGUUCGGCUGCAGCUUAGCCGCAUUGUGUAACCGGGAGCGCAGCACGGUGCCAAAAUUCGUCGUUCGAUGCAUCGACGCCAUCGAGAACAAGGACAUGCGGGCAGAUGGCAUCUACCGAGCUUCGGGAAAUCUCUCCCAGGUUCAGAAAGUUCGAUUCAGCAUCAACAUCGACGAUUACAGCGCUCUCGAAAGAGAGGAAGACGUGCACGUACUCACAGGAGCACUGAAGAUGUUCUUCCGUGAAAUGAAGGAGCCCCUCAUACCUUUCAACCUCUUCGAUCGGCUCCUUCAGGCAACUCAGAUUAAGGAGCGUCAGAUCAAAUUGAAAACAUUCGAGAACAUUCUCAAGGAACUGCCGCCAGUCAAUCGAGAUACGCUGCGGUUUCUGCUUGAGCACCUUCUCCGAGUCAAAGAAUACAGUUCCAGUAACCGGAUGCACAUCCAAAACCUCGCGAUCGUGUUCGGACCAACGCUACUCUCAUCCGCCGAUCGGAGUAGCUCCAACAUCGCAAUGGAAACCAUCCAGCAGAAUCAGGUUAUUGAGUUUAUAUUGGUUGAGUUUAAUGCGUUGUUUUGUUGAAAUAGAAUGGACUACUAGCAAAUAUUUAAUCAUGA